CCCUCCGACCCACCCUGCGCCCCUGAGAAGAAAUUGCCAAGCCGCGAGGGUCUGCCUCAGCAGAUCUGCGCUAGGGAUCGUGGAGGCAGCUGGCGGGAGUUCGCGAAGAGCCCGGGUGCAGGAUGACAGCCCUCGGCGUUCAGGCACAGAGGCUGCUGGGCCAAAGGAGGCCCCACCGGUCCUUCUUUGAGUCCUUCACCCGAACCCUCAUCAUCCUGUGUACGUCCCUGGCUGUGGUCCUCUCCUCCAUCUCCAUCUGCGAUGGCGAAUGGCUCCUGGCAGAUGACCGCCUCUUCGGACUGUGGCGCUUCUGCACUGCCUCCAACCAGACGGAGUUGCACUGCCUCCGAGACCUGAGUCAGACCUGGGUGGCCUCGGGCAUGGUUGUGGCCCGCAUCGUGGCCACCUUGGCUGUGGUGGUCGCCAUCUUUGGCCUGGAGUUUCUCAUAGUGUCCCAGGUGUGCGAGGACUCCCUCGCUUGGCGGAAGUGGGCUAUGGGCUCCACCCUCCUACUCAUCUCAUUCAUUCUCUCCUUUGGGGGCCUCCUGAGCUUCCUGGUCCUUCUCAGGAGCCAGGUCACGCUCUUGGGCCUCACCCUGAUGUUCUGGAGCAACUUCACAGCUUCCUUCCUUCUCUUCCUGAAUGGUAUCAGUGGCCUGCACAUCAACAGCAUCACCCACAUCAACAACAGCAGGCAUCCCUGGGGCCUGCCUACAAAAGUUUAGGACCUCCUCCAAGGACAUCAAGUUACCAGAAAGCCUGCCUAUGAAGGGACUUUUCCAGAUUUCCCUGGUGAUCCAGUGGUUAAGACUCUCUGGGCUUCCAAUGCAGGGGACACAGGUUAGAUCCCUGGUUGGGGAACUGAGUCCCACAUGCCGUGCACUGCGAGGGGCGGAAAAGAUGAGACUUUUCUAAUUCCAGCAUGUGACAUUCAAAUUGAUGCCUCUUGGCCUUGGUGUGUUUGGGCCAGUGGCCCAGGGGUCUUUGCAGCCGGUCUGCAGCCCAGAGGUCAGGUGGGAGCCUCCAUGCCACCAGCUGCACCAGUUUAUCCACAGCCAUGUUAUAUAGGAUGUUGAUUUUACAAGAAUAAACAUAUUUUAAAACCUU